CACUGGAUGUGUAUUGUUUUUGUUUAAAGAAAUAAAUCUGAACCGUUUAUUUCUUUAUAAGUGAUGUGGUUUUAUCUGAACCGUCGCCGGAGGGAGAAGUUAGUGAGGAUCCGGACUCUUCUUAUGGGAUAGCACUACACCAUUUUUUAGACAUAUAUAACAAAGUAGUUGACCCAUAUGAAUCGAAAUUCAUUCUGUUCUCAUCUACAAAUCCCAAUUCCUCAAAUCUAAGCAUAGUUCAAUUCCAAGUCUGGUGACUCUUCUUUGCAUAACAAAACUAUGCAACUCAAAGAUGGGCAUAUCCUUGCACACCUCCUGGCUGCAACCUCCAUUGGAGUCAUCUCUGCCACUGCGUUUCACUACUACCAUCGACAAAAGCCCCCAAAACAGUUAGAAGAUCAAACCGUAGUUCCAUUGUUAGAGAGGAAUGAGUCUGGCCGUGUUGCCAGACUUGAGAGAUUCUCCAAUUAUGUUGCUAGGCAGAUAGGAUUUGAAGAUGGAAGUGAAUGUCCCCAACUUUGCAAAUUAGCAUAUGAGUACCUCAAAAAAUCCAAAGAGUGUGAGAGUACUAUCUAUGAGUAUUUUGCUGAUGAGCCACAUGUUGAUGAGCUGUAUGUGAAGUUGGUUGAGGAGUUUGAUAGGUGCAUCCUUGCCUACUUUGCAUUUCAUUGGAGCCAAGCUUCUCUCAUGAUCACUCAGGUGUUGAGUAUUGAUUCUGAAAAGAAAAAGUUGAAGGACCUUGUGCUGGCAGCUACAAGGAAACGAAGGUUUGAGAGGGUAAGCAACGACCUGAAAGUGACAAAGGUGUUCUCUACACUGGUGGCGGAGAUGAAAGCAAUAGGUAGCAUCGGAUCAAAUGGUGAUUCAUCAAAAUGUACGGACGUGAUGGUGCCUGUGGUCCACAGUAAGAGGAGUCCAGUGCUACUUCUGAUGGGUGGUGGAAUGGGAGCUGGAAAGAGCACUGUCCUCAAAGACAUUCUCAAACAAUCAAUUUGGUCGGAGGCAGCAGGGAAUGCAGUGGUGGUAGAGGCAGAUGCUUUUAAAGAAACAGAUGUCAUUUACAGAGCCCUCAGUUCCAGGGGUCACCAUGAGGACAUGCUUCAAACUGCUGAACUAGUGCAUCAAUCAUCAACAGAUGCAGCAUCAUCGCUUCUGGUUACUGCACUCAACGAAGGGCUCGACGUGAUCAUGGAUGGUACCCUGUCAUGGGAGCCCUUCGUUGAGCAAACGAUAACCAUGGCUAGAAAUGUUCACAAGUAUCGGUACAGGAUGGGAGUCGGUUACAAGGUUGCUGAAGAUGGCAGCAUUACUGAAAAUUAUUGGGAGAUGGUAGGAGAAGAAGAGGAACAAGAGAAGCAAGAAGAAGCUGAGAGGAAGCCAUAUAGAAUAGAAUUGGUUGGAGUUGUUUGUGAUGCUUAUCUUGCUGUUGUUAGAGGCAUCAGGAGAGCCAUACAUACAGGAAGGGCAGUGAGGGUAAAGCCACAAUUGAAAUCACACAAGAGAUUUGCAAAUGCAUUUCCAAGAUAUUGCAGCCUUGUUGAUAAUGCAAAGCUUUACUGCACCAACGCUGUGGGAGGCCCACCCAAGUUGAUAGCAUGGAAAGAUGGAGAGAACAAUCUGCUGAUUGAGCCGAAUGAAAUCAAAUGUUUGAACACAGUAAGCAAUUUAAACGAUGAUGCAGACUCCAUCUACGAGCUUUAUGCGCAACCAGACCUACACAAGCCCGGUUCAGUCUGGAAAGACAUUGUUUUGGUACCUUCAAGAGCCAGCCUUCAAAUGGAGCUUAAGACUGCCAUUCAAAAAGUAGAAAAUUUAAAUAAAUAAAUAAAUAAAUAGUUUUUGCAAAACCAUUGCAGAUUGCUUCUUCAAUAGAAAAGCAAUACCAAUUGUGCCAACUAUACUUGUCUAUGUUUUACUAAUGUUGGGAUUGUUUUGAGUUCUAUUUUUGUGGGAAUUCAAACACCAAGAGAAUUGUAAAGAUAGUAUUUAUUUUUCCAGCUUGAAAUUGCUUACAACAAUGUUUACCAGUUUUAAUGAUGGGGAAUGUUAGAAUAAUUAAAUUUGUGUAUUAAAUUUAUUUGACA